AUGUUCAUCAUCUGCAUCAGGUGCAUGCAAAACUUCUACAGCUACCCCAGGACGUGUGGUGACUCCAAACAUUCUAAAUCCAAGAAAACAAAAUCGAGACAUGCUUCUAAAGAAGCAGGCCUCAAAUCUGUCUCAUCAGAAGAUGACGGCUUGAAACUUCAUCAUUCUCCCAAAAAGGGGGGCAAAGUUUCCAUUCCCAACAAAGGGGGUGUAAGGCUUAAGACUGAGCCCAAAGGGAGCCUCACCAAUUCUCCUUCUGAUAGGGGAGACUGCAGAUCCUCACAAUCUCAGGAGGAGGGCUGCAGAAGUUCUCCAUCUCCCCAAGGCAUCCCUGGACAUUCCAAAUCUACCAAAACCAAAUUGGAAAAGGCCCCCUCUGACAAAGCAGAUGUUCACGCUUCCUACUCAGAGCAUGAGGGCUGUAAACAAUUCUUUUUGUCAAAAAGUCAGCUCAGACAUUCUUCAUCUGCCAAAAGGGACCAGAAACCAAAACCUACUCCCCAAGAGAACAUAGAACCUUUCAUCUGUACAGAAGGGGGCUUGGGAAUUACUCCCUUUCAUGAAGAGAAUCUCAGACAUUCCACCUUUCCCCAUGGGACUUCCAGCCAUACUACUUCUCCUCCUACCAGGAGAAGACUCAGAGAUGCCCUUUGUACUCAAGAAGCCAUCAAAACUUCCCCUGCAGCCCAAGAAAGCUUCAACUCAUCUCUGGAUGGAGACAGUCCCAAUGGGAGUGUCAUACCCUCCUCAUCACCCCAAAUCAAUGAUGUCAGACACUCUAUUUCUACCAAGGAGGACUUUAGACAAAACCCUCUUUCUUUCUGUCCUAGAGGUACAGAAACCUUCCACUAGUGCCAGAGAGGGGCUCAGGGCUUUGCAUCCUGUCCAAUGGGGACUCAACAUAUAUUCACCAGUUCCAAAAGCGAGUGGCACAUCAUUCUCUGUUGUCCAAGAAGAAUUCAG